AUGAGCGAUGAUAAGCAACAGUCAAGUGGAAUUCUUCGUCGUACAUGGGAUACUAUCAACUGGGUGCCACCGUUGUGUCGCUACGACCCUAAGAAUCCGCCGAAACUGACAAUGGCGUUGAACAUCUUGUUCGGAAUUGCAUGCACUUUUACUGUCGCUAAUCUGUACUACUCUCAUCCCCUGCUCGAGAUCCUCGCCGUUUCGUUUAAUAUCAGCCAGGAGCGCGCAAGUCUCAUCCCAACCGUCGCCCAGGCUGGAUAUGCUACGGGCUUGUUGUUUCUGUGUCCACUGGGCGAUAUCGUCCGACGACGACCCUUUGUCCUGCUACUUAUGGCGUUUACAGCCACAAUCUCCCUCGGCCUCUGCUUGACCAAGAGCUUCGAGGCUUUUGUCGCCUUGAACUUUAUCAUGAGCGUCACAACCGUCACUCCACAAAUCAUGCUCCCACUCGUCGGCCAGCUCGCCGCACCUAACCGCCGCGCCACAGCCAUCGCCAUUGUCGUCUCGGGCCUCCUGCUCGGCAUCCUGAUCGCGCGGCUGCUCUCCGGCAUCAUCGCCAACUACUCGUCCUGGCGCAACGUCUACUGGAUGUCAUUUGCGCUGCAAUACCUCAUCCUCAUCCUGCUCUGGUUCCUGAUGCCUGAUUACCCACAAUCAAACACAGGCCUGAACUACUUCCGCAUGCUCUUCAGCAUUCUCGAGAUUAUCGUAAAAUACCCGCUCCUCGUGCAGUCCUGCCUAAUCGGCUUCUUCGUCUCCUCCACCUUCACCUCCUUCUGGACCACCCUCACCUUCCUCCUCUCCGAUGACCCUUACAACUACUCCACCAUCGUCAUCGGCCUCUUCGCCCUCGCCGGCAUCGUGCCCAUGUUCUUCGGCCCGUUCUUCGCGCGCCACGUGACCGACAAGUUUGACACCCACGUAUCCGUGCUCAUGGGGCAAGGCUUCUGCUUAAUUGGGAUUAUCAUCGGCACUUUCACGGGGAAGAUAUCUGUUGCUGGGCCAAUCGUGCAGGCCAUUAUCUUUGAUUUCGGCCAGCAGAUUUCGCAAGUGGCUAAUCGUACCGCCGUGUAUUCGGUUGAGCCAAAGGCCGCGAGUAGGGUGAAUACGGCGUAUAUGCUUUGUGUGUUUUGUGGGCAGUUGAUGGGGACGGCGGCGGGGAAUCAUUUGUAUGCGAGCGGGGGCUGGGUGUUGUCUGGCGGUGCGAAUAUUGGGUUUAUGGGUGCGGCCAUGGUAAUUUUGUUGCUUAGGGGCCCGAAGGAGACGGGCUGGGUGGGCUGGAGGGGGGGGAUUGAUUUAAGGAGGAAUAAGAGGGAGGAUAAAAAGGAUGGAAAGGAGGAGACGGGAGAGGGAGGAGGAGUGCGAGAAGAGCAAGAUCACGAUCCAGAGAAGGGAAAGUGCGUGAGCCCUGAACAAGAUGCGCAGUCUGAGGCGGAGAAGAAGGGGGCUGGGAAUGAUAUCGAUUGA